GUUCAUGUCAUCCCAGCUGAGCGUGUGUACAUGUAUGUGUGUAGCAAUUUCCCAUUGAUUUGAAAUGCGGGUUUAGGACAUAGCCCAUAGGUGAAAUUGGACAUAUCAUUUUAUUAUACUUGCAUCUAUAUUAAAUCAAGAUGGCAACUUUUGGAAGAACAUUUGUCAAGUACAGGUCUGUUUUACUGGGAGUUGCAGCUGGUAGCUCAGUGUUGGGAUAUGGUGUUUACUACAAAACAGUCAAUGUCGUACAAGCCAGAAGCAUUCAUACAGAGCAACAGAAUGUUGAUGUGUCAAAGUUCAUGGCCGAACCAAUCACAGUUGUCGACAAACUACAAAAGCAAGAUGAUAUGAAGAAAAGAAUGGAACUGUAUAUUCUGCAAUUACAGGCUGAUAUUUGCAGACGCUUUGAGAAUCUUGAACAGAGUAAAAAAUUUCAGGUUGAACGUUGGGAAAGAAAAGAGGGUGGUGGCGGCAUCAGUUGUAUCUUACAAGAUGGUUCUGUUUUUGAAAAGGCCGGCGUGAAUAUUUCUGUUGUGACGGGAGAAUUGCCGCCAGAAGCUGUAAAACAAAUGAAGAGUCGUGGUAAAAAUAUUGGUGAGGGUAAAUUGCCUUUCUUUGCUGCUGGUAUCAGUUCUGUUAUUCAUCCUAGAAAUCCCAUGGUUCCUACAGUGCAUUUUAAUUACCGAUAUUUUGAGAUUGAUGAAGGGAAUGGUAAAACAACAUGGUGGUUUGGUGGCGGUACGGAUCUCACUCCUUAUUAUCUGGAUAAAGAGGAUGUUGUACAUUUUCAUAAAACUUUAAAAGAAGCAUGUGACAAGCAUGAUAAGAAGCACUAUAUAGAUUUCAAGAAAUGGUGUGAUGAUUAUUUUUUUGUAACUCACAGAGGUGAACGUCGUGGAGUGGGUGGAAUAUUUUUUGAUGAUUUGGACAAACCAUCACAAGAAGAUUGUUUCAAAUUUAUUCAGUCAUGUGGAAAUGCCAUCAUGCCGUCAUAUGAACCUAUUGUGGAGAAACAUAAAAAUGAAAAUUUUGGCUACAAAGAACGACGGUGGCAACUGUUAAGGAGAGGAAGAUAUGUGGAGUUCAAUUUGGUGUAUGAUAGAGGUACCAAGUUUGGUUUGUACACUCCUGGUGCAAGAAUUGAAAGUAUUCUAAUGUCAUUACCAUUAACUGCGAGAUGGGAGUAUAUGCAUACUCCAAAAGAAGGCUCAAAAGAAAUGGAACUUAUGGAUGUUUUGAAGAACCCUAAAGACUGGGUUUGA